CGCAGAUCGUAAACAGUGCCACUGAACCCCAACGAAACUCGCAUAUUUUAUUGAUUUUUGCUGCUGAAAAUGUUCAAUUAUUGUCAUGUUUUGGGGUGUACUAAUCAGUCGGACCAGGAAAAACAUUUGGAGUAGUACAAACCGCCAAAAGUUAUAACAAAUCAAGGAGAAGAGUGCAAAAAGCUGUCUGAGGAACAAAAGGCGUUUGUGGUUGGCCAAACUGAACCGGGAUUUCCAGGGGGUCUCUCUGCAAUGGGCCCGGUACCCUUAACGCUCCUGCUUUGCAUCUCAGCACUGGCUGUGCUGGUGUCUGCAGCAGUGGACGAACCCACAAGUGACGAUGACUACACCUGGCCACAGAGGAAAGUACCACUGGUACAAGAAAAGCAAACGGUGCAUCUGGGCAAUUCUGAUUUUUUAGCCAAGCCACAGACUGAGCUCCAUGGAAUAUGUGGCAUUGAGUGCCAACGGGGUCUCCCGGAACCCAGUCUGAAUGAUCUGGAGCAGCUACUGUCCUACGAGACCAUGUACGAAAACGGCACCCGCACACUCACCACCGUCACCGUACAGGAGUUAAACGUGAGCGACAACUGGAUGGGAGCUUCUGGAUCACGUACUCGACGCAGACGAGAAGUCUACGGCACGGACACACGGUUUACCAUCGCUGACAAGCAGUACUCCUUGAAGUAUCCGUUCUCUACGUCUGUGAAGAUCUCCACGGGGUGUUCUGGUGUGCUGGUGUCACCCAAGCACGUCCUGACUGCCGCUCAUUGCAUCCACAAUGGUACGGACUACCUGGAUGGGGUGCAGAAACUCAGUGUCGGCGUGCUGAAAGAACGUUCACGUCGGAAAGGGAAGGGACGGAAAGGGAAAGGUCGGAAAGGUAAAGGACAGAGGAAGCAAAAAGAAGAAGAGGACGAGGAGGAGAUCAAUGACAAUAUAGAGAUUGAAGAGAAGCAGGAGAGGAAGGGAAAAGGCAAAGGCAGGAGAAGCCGUAGUAGGCGCAGCACCACCUCCGAACAGCCUUCGUUCCGAUGGACCCGGGUGAAACAGAUGCAGGUGCCGAAGGGCUGGUUUAAAGGAAUCUCGGAAAACGUCGUGGCUGAUUAUGACUAUGCCAUCCUGGAGCUUAAAAGGGCUCAGAAGACCAAGUACAUGGAUCUAGGUGUCAUCCCUUCCAUUAAGAAGCUGCCUGCAGGACGUAUCCAUUUCUCAGGAUUUGAUGACGACCGACCAGGCAACCUGGUGUACCGUUUCUGCUCCGUGUCUGAGGAGUCCAACGACUUGCUGUACCAGUAUUGUGAUGCCAAACCUGGCUCCAGCGGCUCGGGGGUCUACAUUCGACUCAAAGAGCCUGGCAAGAAGAAGUGGAAGCGGAAGAUCGUUGGAGUGUUCUCGGGUCACCAGUGGGUGGAUGUUAACGGGAUGCAGCAGGAUUACAACGUAGCCGUGCGAAUCACGCCCCCCAAGUACGCACAAAUCUGCCUCUGGGUCCAUGGGGACUCCAGCCAGUGUCGGCGCACCUGAGAGACUCCGUCAGCGUCCCGUCUGACUUGCUCUUAGCCACCCUUGUGCCUCCCAUUUGUGCACUACACAAACUGCUGCAUUCAUCAAGAGUAAAGACUUUAACACAUUUAGCAUUGAACUUUUCCAAUCUAUUUUGAUACCUUAAUUUAUUUUACUAGACAACUUUUGUCAUGAAUCAGUUAGAGCGAAUGUAUUUCUAGAUUCGGUUGUCUUAAUGAGAACUAAUUCUGUCCUAAACUGUCGUUUUGAAUUAGAAAAUAUACUUCAGUCAGUGUUGUUUGCUAUGGGAGGCAUUUGUUUUGUCUGGUAAUCUGUCUGGAUACCUUGAAGUAGAAAGCUAGAUGACUAGUUGACUCGAGAAAAAAAAAAAAUAAUUUUUUUUUUUUUUUUUUU